UUUCAUUUAAUUUUCAUUUAGUUUAUUUAGUUCAUAUUAAUUCUUGUUCUUUUAUCACUCGGUAUUUUUCUUUAGUUAAAUUUAAUGCCUUUGGUUGACUCACCUUGUUAAGGAAGUAUUUCAUUUGUUAAAAUAUUUUAUUUUUUUUGUUGAAUUUCAACACCUCGUUUUGAGGCCUUAAACAGUGCGCGACACAUUCGAGCUCUAAUCGUCAAACAGUUUAGAGUCGCGACUCAACACCGAAAAAUCGCUAGCGUGAAAGUGUAGAUAAUUCGCAAAUCUCGGCCACCGAUAAUAGAAGGUAAGGUCUCACAACAGCGUUUUCCAAGUUUUUUAGUUAAUUUCAUUAAGUGUUUACGGUCCACUAAAUUACCUUUUUUUCAUCGUGAGUUAACUAACUUUUUUAUUUUAUUUUUUUAUUUGAACCCAGCGCAAUUAAUCAACAUUAUUUUUGGUCACUUCGAACCGCAUUUUUGCUAUUCACACUUUGGCCUUUUGAAAAUUAACUUAUAAUUUUAUAGAAUAAACCGCCCAGUUAAUUCAAUCAUAUAGGCUUAAAAAGUACAAUUAAUUAGUUGAUCAAUUUUCUUCUCUUUUUUAAUUUCAAAAAUACAUUGCAUUAUUCAUUUCAUCUUUAGUUGGUUUGCAGAUAGUUUAAAUAUCGAUCGCGAACAUUUCAUAUUUUCUUAACAAGAAUUUAUGAAUUAUCGUUUAAAUCAACACAGGUCGUUUUUCAAGUUGAAUUCUUUUGCAGGAUUAUAUCUAAAGGUAAACAGUGCACAUCUUUUUUUCCAAUAGGUUUCAUUUUUAUAUUGGUUUUAACAGGGUGUCACAAGUUCAUUCAUUGGAGUUUUUUAAUUGUUGCUUGUACUGUAUACGCAACAUCAUUCUCGUUUUUUUAUAGUCGGUCUAAAGUCGGUCUUGAGACUCCGUUUCUUGCCUUGAACUUUUCUUCUGUUUUCUUCGUUUUUUUUUUUCAGAUAUAGUAGGAUGUCCGAUAAACUGAAAAGAGCCAAAGUUCUUAGACAAACUGAAUUUAAUCGUCUAUCGGAUAUUCUUAAUAUAUCGAGAAGUGCUAAAGAAGACACUUCCCAACACAUAAUCUUUAAAUUGAGUUAUGAUAUUUUGGAAUCAAUUAGAACUGAGUUUUUCAAGCAGCAUAACGUUGUCAUUAGUUGCAUUCUAGAUGAUGAGGAUCAAUUCACCGAACAAGACGCGGUACGAAGCUCAUUUGAAAAAGAUUUUUGGUAUAUUAAAUCGAUUUAUUUUGAGCUGUUUGGAGAAUCAUUGACUACAAAUACUUCGUCUUCAUCAUCUAGUAAUCAGUCCCAUGUAACACUGCCAAAAUUAGAGAUUCCAUCCUUUUCUGGAAAUAUUACACAGUUUGCCACUUUUAAGGAUAUGUUUGAUGCUUUGAUUCAUAAUAACAGUACUUUGCGUAACAUAGAAAAAUUUAAUUAUCUUUUGAGUUUCUUACGUGGUCAGCCUCUGACCUUGAUUCAGAAGUUACCGAUGACAGAUGUCAAUUACACAACCGCUUAUGAAAUGCUAGUUAAGCGAUAUGAAAACCCUCGUUUAGUUGCGGCCACACACUGGGCAGCCAUCGAAAAUACCCCCAAACUCACAUCUGAGAAUCCUGCCGAGUUAAGACAACUUUUGGAUACAUUUUCUGAUAAUCUUGCUGCAUUAGAAAAUCUUAACUUUCCUGUAGCUUCAUGGGAUUUCAUUUUGGUUCAGAUGUUGCUUAAACGCUUACAUGUUUCUAUUGCUACUGAAUUCGAAUUGCAAUAUGAUUCACAUACUACUCCAUCAUUUCAACAGCUUACAACCUAUCUACAUAAGCGUUGUGCCGCUCUCGACAAUGUUUGCUCAGCCCUUCAUGAAAAAGAUAAAAAAUCACUUAAGAGAGAGGAUCGCUUCUCAAAUUCCAAGGUUGCUCUUCUAGGCACUGAGCAAUCUAAAUCUAGCAGUUGUGCUAUUUGUAAAACAGCACAUUCUGUUUAUCGUUGUCCUAUCUUUUUAACAAAAACUCCUAAUGAUAGAUACCAACUUGUAAAAUCGCUGAAAAUAUGUUUAAAUUGCCUAAGUAGUAGUCGUUCUGUCAAAGAAUGUAAAUCGCCGCAUGUUUGUCAUAAAUGUAGACAAAAACAUCAUACUUUACUUCAUUUUGAGAGAAAUUAUUUUUCUGGUAGUAGCAGCAGUACUACACCACCCGCACUCUCAUCAACCAGCUCCAUCCACAAUGAUCAACCAUCUAGCUCUCAGGCGGACUCCAGGUCUACCAAUUCUUCGCAUCUGGUAGCGAGUAGCCUUAACAAUUAUAAUUCUAGUAAUGUGCUGCUUUCUACGGCUCUUAUAGAUAUGUUAGAUGGGUCAGGAACGUUCCAGAAAAUUAGAAUAUUGCUUGAUUCUGGCUCGCAACUUCACUUUAUCUCACAAAAUUGUGUUAAACGUCUUGGACUUACUUCCUAUAAGACGCCUUGCUCCGUUCAAGGUAUUGGAGAAGCUCAUGUACAAAACUGUGCAAGAAGUGUAUUUACCAAGAUUCGACCUUGUAAUAAAUUCACUCCCAAUUUUGAUUUGGAAGCUGCAGUUCUUCCAAAAAUUUGCGGGCUAUUACCUAGUCAUCCUAUUUCUACCACAAACUGGCCUCAUUUACGCAGCGCGUCCUUGGCUGACCCUUUCUAUGAUACUCCUAGCUCUAUUGAUGUAUUAAUAGGUGCUCCAUUAUUUCCCUAUAUUUUACUGGAGGGUAGGCUUACCGGUGACUAUAAUGAGCCAGUGGGAAUUAACACUGUUUUUGGUUUUAUAUUGAUGGGUAAAACGGUUUCCAACUCUUCACCUAUCGCUACACAAUCGCUUCUCUGUUAUCAGGCAUCAGUUAAUGAUACUUUGCAGAAGUUUUGGGAAGUUGAAGAAGUACCACAUGUCAAAGUUUUAUCUCCUGAGGACGAGAAAUGCGAAAAUAUUUUCCGUAAAACUACGUAUCGCAAUCGGGAUGGCCGAUUUGUGGUUUCCUUGCCCUUCCGAGGUGAUGAGCCUAUUUUUUAUGGAAGUAGAGAAUUAGCUCUUCGCAAUUUCUUAUCGUUAGAACGCAGGUUACAGCAAAAUCCGAAGCUUUAUGCAGAUUAUGCUGCUUUUAUAAAGGAAUAUUUAGAUCAGAACCAUAUGGAAUUAGUAUCUUCAGAUUUAAUCCCAAAAAAAUCGUUCUAUAUUCCACAUCACUGUGUUUUAAAGGAUUCAAGUCCCACUACUAAGCUUCGUGUCGUAUUCAAUGCCUCUGCCAAACCAUCAGAUGGUAUGUCACUUAAUGAUCAUCUUCUGUCUGGCCCGAAAUUGCAAGCUGACAUUUUUGCGUUGCUUCUUGGUUUUAGAAUUCAUCGCUUUGUUUUCCUAGCGGAUAUUCGUCAAAUGUUUCGGCAAAUUAUCGUUAACCCUGCCCACACUGAUUAUCAGAGAAUUGUUUGGCGCUUUUCUAAAGAUCAACCUAUAGCUGAUUACCGCCUUCUCACGGUAACGUAUGGACUAACAUGCGCGCCUUAUUUGGCUAUCAAGUCAUUGUUUGUUCUGGCUGAAGAGGAAAAGGAUAAUUUUCCUGAGGCCUCGCAAAUUAUUUUAAAUUCAUGCUAUGUUGAUGAUCUAACUGGAGGUUCAUCAACAAUUGAAGAUUCUAGAAAACUUCAAAAAGACUUAGUACUGAUGCUGCAGAAAGGAGGGUUCGAACUUCGAAAGUGGUGUAGCAAUGAUCCUCGCUUGCUAGCUGAUUUACCCCCUUCUUAUUUGUAUAAUGAGGACAUUUCUCUGAAUUUUGAUUCAGAAAGUCCGCUAAAAGUUUUAGGUCUUUAUUGGAACCAUUCCUCUGACGUGUUUCAAUUUUUCGUUAACUCUGUGGAUAGGGGUUGUACUAAACGCCUAUUGUUAUCUAAUUUGGCAAAAAUUUUUGAUCCACUGGGCUUUCUUUCACCUUUAACGUUUCUCGUCAAGUUUUUAAUUCAGCGUUUGUGGAAUUUAAAGUUGGAUUGGGAUGCAACGCCUCCAAAUGAUAUUCUUAAUCUUUGGAAACAAUAUGUUAGCGAUAUUUUAACCCUUUCUAGCCUCAAAAUUCCUCGCCUACUAUUUCCCUAUUCUCCUGUUGAAACUUUGGAACUACAUGGUUUCUGUGAUAGCUCCGAAAAGGGUUACUGUGCCGUUAUUUAUUUUUGUAGUUUACUACCUAACGGUCAGGCAACCACUCGUUUUAGUUGUGCAAAAUCAAAAGUUGCACCACUAAAGACACUUUCUAUACCACGUCUAGAACUUUGUGCGGCCGUGCUAUUGUCUCGUUUGCUAUCACAUGUUUACGAUAUUUAUAAAACAUCUUUUGUUAUCAAUAAAAUAUACGCCUGGAGUGAUUCUACAAUAGCACUUUCUUGGAUUAAAGCUUCUCCGCAUCGGUGGAGUACUUUUGUUAGCAACCGCGUUUCUUUUAUCCAAGAAAGAUUACCUUUAUCUUGUUGGCAUCAUGUUUCAUCUGAGAAUAAUCCAGCCGACCUCGGUUCUAGAGGUUUGCUCCCUAUGGAGUUAUGUAAUAGUUCGCUUUGGUGGGCGGGUCCUAGUUUUUUAAUUAGCUCAACUCGCAACUGGAUCCCCUUCAUAAACACUCCUUCAACUUCACAUGAUUUACCUGAAGAAAAGAAAACAUGUCUCUCAAUUUUUUCUUCUAAGGGUUUUCUGGAUAAUCUUAUUUCAAGGUUCUCGUCGCUCGACAAACUGAAACGCAUUAUGGCCUAUAUUCUUCGCUAUAAGCAUAAUAUUUCAUUGCCCCGCAAAAAAUAUGAGGGUAACCUUACUUUGGUAGAACUCCACAAUGCAUUAAUGCUUUUGGUUAGACAUGUUCAGUCGCAAACCUUUUCCUCGGAUAUAAUGUUAAUUCAAGGAAAUAAAAUACCUUCGAAAGCGUUUAGAAAAUUGAAUGUUUUCCUAGAUAGUGCUGGGAUACUACGUGUCGGUAGUAGAUUAAAACAUUCUUUAAGUUUUAACAAUAACUAUCCCGCUCUCCUACCCAGUAAUCACGAGUUUACAAGGCUUGUAGUUACUUUUUUUCAUUUAAAGUAUUUUCAUGCUGGUGUGCAGAGUGUUCAGUUUCUUAUUACACAGCAAUUUUGGAUAUUGUCAUCUAAAGCCGUUAUUCGUCGUAUUCUUGGUAAAUGUGUUAGAUGCUUUAGAUGUAGGCCUCAGUCAAUUCAACCUCCUAUGGGUGAUUUGCCUGCAUCCCGCGUAUCACAGGUAAAACCUUUUCUUCAUACCGGCGUUGAUUAUGCUGGUCCAUUCAAUGUCAUGAUGUCUCGUUACCGCGGCUGUCGUACCAGUAAGGCCUAUUUAUGUUUGUUUGUUUGCUUUGCGACUAAAGCUUUGCAUUUAGAAUUGGUAUCCAGUCUAUCUACGGAAGCUUUCUUAGCUGCUUUGAGACGAUUUGUAGCUCGCCGAGGUCGCUGCCAACAUUUGUACAGCGAUUGUGGUAGCAACUUUAUUGGUGCAUCCAAGCAGUUAAAUAAUUUUAUGUUAAAAUCCGCCGCAUCUGAAGGUAUAACAUGGCAUUUUAACCCCCCCUCUGCGCCCCACUUUGGAGGAUUGUGGGAGGCCGGAGUGAAAUCUGUAAAAACUCAUUUAUACAGAGUCAUUGGUAUGCAGUGUUUGACCUAUGAGGAGCUAAAUACUGUAUUGGUUCAGAUUGAAGCCUUUCUUAACUCGCGACCUCUUACACCCUUUAGUAAUGAUCCCAAUGAUAUGACUGCUCUAACCCCGGGUCAUUUCCUGACCCUGGAACCUCUGAGUGUUCCUCCUGAAUUGGAUGUCAACUCACUUCCCGUUCGUCAAUUGGAUCGUUGGCAAAUGCUUCAAAAAAUGCACCAAGAUUUUUGGCGUCGUUGGUCUGGAACUUUAGUUUUAAUUCGCAAUGAUUUGGCCCCUCCUCUGCAUUGGUCAAUGGGCCGCAUAACUGAGGUACAUCCAGGUUUAGAUGGAAUAGUGAGCGUUGUUACUGUUCGCACUAGUAAUGGGACUUUAAAGCGACCUGUGGUGAAGCUCUGUCCUUUGCCACUUUCGGAGGACUGAAAAAUGCAAUGCAUUUUGGUGGGCGGUAUGUUAAGUUUUCAUUUAAUUUUCAUUUAGUUUAUUUAGUUCAUAUUAAUUCUUGUUCUUUUAUCACUCGGUAUUUUUCUUUAGUUAAAUUUAAUGCCUUUGGUUGACUCACCUUGUUAAGGAAGUAUUUCAUUUGUUAAAAUAUUUUAUUUUUUUUGUUGAAUUUCAACACCUCGUUUUGAGGCCUUAAACAGUGCGCGACACAUUCGAGCUCUAAUCGUCAAACAGUUUAGAGUCGCGACUCAACACCGAAAAAUCGCUAGCGUGAAAGUGUAGAUAAUUCGCAAAUCUCGGCCACCGAUAAUAGAAGGUAAGGUCUCACAACAGCGUUUUCCAAGUUUUUUAGUUAAUUUCAUUAAGUGUUUACGGUCCACUAAAUUACCUUUUUUUCAUCGUGAGUUAACUAACUUUUUUAUUUUAUUUUUUUAUUUGAACCCAGCGCAAUUAAUCAACAAAGGUCAAGAUUAAGAAAAAGGGAAAAUGCAAAUUUUCAGAAAGAAUUGGCAGUUAAUACUCCAGCCGCAACUUUUCUUUAAUCCCAAGGCCGUUAGAAUUGGUUCAUAAUGUAUAAGCUGGUCAGCAGGCUACUCCAAGUAGACAAAAUGUAACUGGUAAAGCUGUAGCCCGAAAAAAUCAAAAGAAGCUUAAAACAGAAAACAGAGAAUUGCAACAAAAAGUGAAGGAGCUAACAAAAAAAGUAGAAAAAUAUAAAUAAAAAAAAUAUGCCCCUAGUUUGAUAAUGGUUCUUAUACACAAUAGUAUGCUAUUUAUUGAAAUAAAUAUAGAUUUUGAUCUUGAGAUGUGUGCUCUCCACAUUAAGCAAUAUUUACUUAACGCCUGCGCAAUCCAUAAUUGAAGAUGAAGCAGAAAUAAAACAUAUGUAUAUUAAAUCAAUUGUCUCCCCAUUUCAUGAUACCAGGAGACAUGAACGGGUAUAAUUGAAUAUAGGCGUCAUCAAAUAAUAAAGGAUAAAUAAUUGAAAGAAUUUCAAAUGGUAAUAACAUAUGUCUGUUAAAUUCAAAGUCAGUUUACUUUCACUGUUCCUCAUAAGUACCUUUAUGAAACUUUGGUCUGUCUAUUUGUAGCUCGAAUAAUAUUGUUAUGAAAAUUUAAAUACAUUAAGUAUGCUCAUAGUUUUUAGACUGUUUUUAGUAUCUGCGAUUUGACCUUUUUUAGACUAUAUUAAGCAAAAAAAAUUGGCGUAUGAAUCAUUUUUCUUUGAAAAAAAAAAGAAAAAAAAAACAUGACAAAGUGUACCUAGGUACCUAUGUACCAUAUAAACACGCUUUUGAAAAGCCAUCGUAUGCUAUGUAAUCGUAAGGAUUCUAUGGCAUUAUGGCAACGAUGUAAAUGAGAUUUUUAGUGCCAGUUCUCAUCAAAAAACAUCACGUAUCCUGAUUACAAUCCGCGGCUUACUUGCGUCUCAGUGCUAAGAGCUUCGCGCUUACCACCAAUGGAAGCUCCCUCACCAGUCCUGGAUUUACACUAGGGGCAGUCGGGGCAAGUGCCCAGGGCGGCAAAUCUCAAGAAAGAAAAGAAAAUAUUUUCAACGGUUAUACUUAUAAAUUACCAUGUGGAAUGUUUACAUGUCAAAUAUUGAGAGUAAAAUUUGCUUUAAUGAAGUAAUUGCGAAGAUAUCUUCGAACAGUUCGCAACACAAAAAGUCAGACGCGUCUUUCGAUGAAAACGACACGCUCAUAUACAUCUUUAGAUUUCAGAUCGUUUUUCGAAACUGUUAAAUAUAUUUUCAUUGUCUACAUGAUCAAACAAGUCUGUAAUUACAAGUCCGUCUCCAUUUUGCAAUUGUAUUAAAUGACAGAACAUUUUACAUCUUUCAAUUCUUAAUAAAAAGUAUUUUUCUUCUGUUA